CAGGAAGUAAGUGAACUAUCAGACCAGCUAAAUCAACAUUUGAAAACAACGAUUGGCAACACACGCUCUCAUUGACAGUGACUUAAGAGAUUGAUUACGUUUUCCUGACGUGAGCUUUAGACUGUUGUGGUAACAAAAAAACAUCAUCAGGUCCGAAAAUACAUUUGUCGCUAUAAUGUCAUUACCGUGAAUCGACACGAUAACAUUUCGAUCGGACUGAUGGUCUAUAAACUGACUGUAUUUCAGUAUUUUUUGCAAGCCAACUGUAGAGACUAUUGUUUGAGCGCUACCAAGGGGAUUUUUGCACUGAGGCCUUCCAAGCAAGCCCACGGUCCGGAAAGGCUAGCUAGCUACAAUCCAAUUUGCCUCUGCGAAUUUAUGAGUAUCGUUAGCUAGCUUUUUGCUUGUAUGUUUUAAAUAAGAUGGAAACAGACAAGUUUAACUAUGUCUACAGUUGUGACUUGGACAUUAAUGUUCAACUGAAAAUGUAAGUAUUUUGUUACCUUGGGCUACUAUGGGCCAUACAAGUAGCAAGUAAACUACCUACGUUAACGCGCUCCUUAAAUGUUUUGCAUGCUCUUUGGGGUUUUAGGCUGGGUCUCUGUAUAAGAACUUUGACAUCUGCUGAUGUAUAAAGGACUUUAUAAAUACAUGUGAAUGAUUGACGUCAACAAACAAUAUCAGUCAGUGUAGCUAUAGCUGGCUACCUACGUCUUAUUAUACCUUAUUGUAUAUUAUACUUAGUCAGUGACCUAGCUAGCCUACUUCUGUCUAUAACUGCGUACGGUUGAAUGAUAGCAUGUUGACAGCAAUUACGAUUCACCUCGAGUCUCCAAUGUUGGUUAAUACCACUUUGCAUGUAUGACAAAUGAUUGCAACACUUGUCCCAAAAGUAUCAUUAUAUUACUAGUUACCCAGCUAGUUGUUUGUCUUCUAUUUACCUUAGCGAGCAUGGCAACACCAUGACUCAACUGGUAUCACGGCUCCAUAACGUUCCCGGUGAGGGCUCUUAUUUGGGAACACGGAAAACAUCAUGCACAUUCCAACGGCUCAUCUACCUCGCGCUCCUCUCGUGAGGUCACUUAACGAGCUAUGCUUCGCUGUGGUGGCCCGUAAAUAACGUUCAUAAUUCUCAACAAACCGUUCAGUGUAGCGCUUCCCGUUAGGCCGUUACACACUGGAAUAAUAGUGUGAUGCAUUUUGUCACAAUUUGUCAGGGGACUGUUAACGUUGUCUCAACACAGCAGAAUGCACAAAUAUAUGUUCUGGGAUAUGCCCUGUCAUUUAGCCUAGUGGCAAAACAACUAAUUUAGCCAAAUGUGAACAUACUUGCAGGUUAUCAUAGAUCUGUGGACCCCCAGAGUGUUAGAGCUAACGUUGAUCUACUACUUUUGUCUAGAUUCUAGAACUUUGGCUGAGCAGAGUGGGUAAGAAUACUGCUUCUGAAAGGGGAGGAUGACAAGUGACAAUAGUGGUGGUGGUGUCAAACUACUUCCCUCUGUCUCACAUGAUCUCCCUCCUGUCCCCUCUCUCCCCCCUACAGAGGCAGCUUGGAGGGCAAGCGAGAGCAGAAGAGCUACAAGGCCCUGCUGCAGGAUCCCAUGCUGCGGUUCUCUGGCCUCUACCAGGAGAACUGCUCUGACCUCUAUGUUACCUGUCAGGUGUUUGCAGAGGGCAAGCCUCUGGCGCUGCCCGUACGCACCUCCUACAAGGCCUUCAGUACCCGCUGGAAGUGAGUGACACAAUGGCUGUGUCCCAAAUGGCACCCUAUUCCCUACAUGGUGCACUACUUUUGACCAGGUUAGUGCACUAUAUAGGGAAUAGGGUGCCAUUUGGGACGCAACCAUUAUCAACUCUUUGGCCUGGUAGGUCUUUGUAUCUCACAUUGUAGUCCUAUCUCACUAUAAUGGAUACAAAAUAAUAUAGUCCUUGUGAACUGUUCUGUAAACUCUCUCCCUGUUUCUCCUCCCUAUCACCUCUCUCUUCCUCUCUCCCCCCCCCCUCCCUCCCUCCUUCCCCUUCCCCAGCUGGAAUGAGUGGCUGAAGCUGCCAGUGAAGUACCCAGACCUGCCCCAGAGUGCCCAGGUGGCCCUGACGGUGUGGGAUGUGUACGGACCGGGCCGAGCCACCCCUGUGGGGGGAACCACCGUCACCCUCUUCGGCAAAUAUGGGUGAGUCCGUCUCAGCAAAUAUCUGUCCACAUACUGUAUAUUACUGUACUGUGGAAGAGAAUUGGAAUUUCAGUAUACUUUCUGAAUUGAAAUGGAGUUGACCCCAACCCUGGCUGACUCUAUAUGGUAGAAGUAUGUGGCAAUUAUUAGGGGGGGGGGGGGGGGGGACCACUCCGAAAGCCAACCAGACCAUUGACUGACACCAUCUCCCGUCCCCUCUCCAUCUCCCCUUCUCUCUCAGGAUGUUCCGGCAGGGCAUGCAUGAUCUGAAGGUGUGGCCGGGGGUGGAGGGGGAUGGAGGGGAGCCCACCAGCACCCCAGGGAGGACCAGUAGCAGUCUGGCAGAGGACCAGAUGGGGCGACUGGCCAAGGUAAGCACAGGGUCAGGGGUCCCCUGGAGGGUUGGGUUUGUGUGUGUGUAUUUGGGUUUGUGUGUUUGAUGGCGGAGAGAGUGUUUGUGAGCACUCUGUGUGUGUGUGUGAGUGAGUGAGCAUGCGUGUGUUUGACAGUGUGUGUGUGAUGUACUCCUUUGAAUGGACCCGUCUAAAUCACUGUCUAUUCCAGGCCCCUGACCUGGAGUUUCUCAGUGAUGUGAGUACUAGGGGUUGGAAGGAGAGGAGAGCGGGUCGGAAUGCUGGAUGUGUGUAUGUAGGCCUGUGUGUGUUUGUGUCUAGGUCUUUGUUGGUACAUAUAUUAUGCCCUAUAGCUACUUCUUGCUGAGUGUGUGUGUGGCUUGUCCAUGUUUGUUAGGAAUAUGGUGCAUCAACCCCCCCUGCCAUUUUACAAGAGAAACAACUAAGAAGCACCACCUUUGUCUAAUUCAUAUAAUUUAAAUCAGCGUUUCCUAAACUCUGUCCUCGGGACCCCAAGGGGUGCACGUAUUGGUUUUUGCCCUAACACUACACAGCUAAUUCAAAUGAUCAAAGCUAGAUGAUUUGUUGAUUAUUUGAAUCAGCUGAAGUGCUAGGGCAAAAACCAAAACGUGCACCCCUUGGGGUCCUGAGGACCGAAGUUUGGAAACCCAGAUUUAAUUCUUACACUAAUGUGUCAUUAGCCUUUGGUGUGCUGGUUUUCAUUUUGUAGUAAUUUACUAAGAAUUAGACCCACUGACCAUUUUAUCAAGCUGAAGUCAAAACAAAAGGGAUCCAUGGGUGUGUUGACUGAUAGUUUCCAGUAUUUACAAUCUGUACCAAGUUCAGAGUGAGCUCUAACAGCCCUGGCGAAUGGUGUGCUUGUGUGCCCCUGUCACCCACACUGCCUCUGAGCGGAUUGGCUGCUGAGUGUGUGUUCAAUACUUCUGUUGCACUGGAUUGGCCGCUGGCACCAAGCUGCGCUCUGAUUGGCCGAGCUAGCUUUCUGCACACCUCUGUUGCAUCCUUUAUUCCUAACCUCUCCAUCUCUCCUCCUCUUUCUUUCCCUCCAUCCAUCCCUCUUUCUUUCUCUCCUUCUAGCUGACCAAGGCCCACCGGCAGGGUCACAUGGUGAAGGUAGACUGGUUGGACCGCCUGACCUUCAGAGAGAUAGAGAUGAUCAACGAGGUGAGUUGGAGGAUCUGGGGUCAGCUUUAAAAUCUUUGACGCCUUAUACUGUAAACCAUACACACUUACAAUCACCUGAAUAGCCCCAUCACAGAUGCUUUAUGUGUGACACAUAACAUGACAUACUUUAUAUGUAAAGGCUAUCUCUCGUUUCUGCCGAGACAUCUUCUUUUAUCAAAAGUCAGUCAGCCUCUUAUGUUUGUGUGUGUUCCCACAGAGUGAGAAGCGUAGCUCCAACUUCAUGUAUCUUAUGGUGGAGUUUCCUCGUGUCAAAACUGGAGAAAAGCCAGAGUACAGUAUUGUCUAUUAUGAGAAGGUAAGUAUAUAUACUGUAUACACAUACACACACUCAUACAUUACAUGGUUUUGACAUUGAGCUGUUGUCAGAGUUCUGAAAGGGAUUGAUUGGUUGAUUGCCGUGGUGAUGUGGUAGCUGAUUGGCUGACUGACUAACUCCUCCCCCUCCAGGAUGGAGAUGACGCCUCACCGGUGCUCACCAGCGCUGACAUCGUUAAAGUCCCUGACCCUCAGAUGUGCAUGGUAAGAGAGACACACACACACACACACACACACACACACACACAGGGUUAGAAUGGAGAUUUAUUUAAUUUUCAACAUAUCAAUAAUGACAUAUGUUAAUGUAUUGAGUUUAAUGUAUUCAUAAUUGAUCAUGUCUCACUGCCCCUGCCAUAGGAGAACCUUGUGGAGAGCAAGCACCAUAAACUGGCCCGUAGCCUUCGGAGUGGCCCGUCAGACCACGACCUGAAGCCUAACGCUGCCACACGAGACCAGCUCAACGUCAGUACCAUUACUCAACCACAACUGUCUGUGUGUGUGAUUUUCGCAGUAGACUCAAUCUUGUGUGUGUGCAUCUACAGGUCAUAGUGAACUACCCUCCGACCAAGCAGCUGAGCUCAGAGGAACAGGACCUGGUGUGGAAGUUCCGUUACUACCUCACCACUCAGGAGAAGGUGUGUGUCCUGCUAGGUUUGAAGUCCUUUUAUUGUAAGUCGCUCUGGAUAAGAGCGUCUGCUAAAUGACUAAAAUGUAAAUGUAAAAUGUAUUGUUGUCCAUUUGAUGUGGUUUAAACGAUAUAGACACAUGCACACACAGUAUGUGCAUGUUUAUAGCAGAAUACAUUUACCUACAAAAUGGAAACCUGACCAGGGAAGAAUCCUAGUUUAGCAUGGUCCCAGUUUUUUCUGGUCAAGUCACGGGGUCAAGAAAAACCAGAGCCCUAUUUUCACCGCAACAUCAUUCAAAUACACUCCAUGUGUGUUGACACACUUGUCUAAGCUAAUUACCUAAGAGCCCGUCCUGUCCCCUCUCCCCUCUCCCCCUCCAGGCACUGACUAAGUUCCUUAAGUGUGUGAACUGGGCGCUGCCCGGGGAGGCUAAGCAGGCCCUGGAGCUGCUGGGGAAGUGGAGGCCCAUGGACGUAGAGGACUCCCUAGAGCUGCUCUCCUCCCAGUUCACCAACCCCACCGUAAGACGCUACGCUGUGACCAGGCUGCAGCAGGCCGACGACGAGGUAGGUUGGGGUGUGUGUGAGUGGGGGGAGGAGGAGUGACACAGUAGAGCCAUAUAUAUAUAUAUAUAUAUAUAUAUACACAGUGGGGAGAACAAGUAUUUGAUACACUGCUGAUUUUGCAGGUUUUCCUACUUACAAAGCAUGUAGAGGUCUGUAAUUUUUAUCAUAGGUACACAUCAACUGUGAGUGACGGAAUCUAAAACAAAAAUCCAGAAAAUCACAUUGUAUUUAAGUAAUUCAUUUGCAUUUUAUUGCAUGACAUAAGUAUUUGAUACAUCAGAAAAGCAGAACUUAAUAUUUGGUACAGAAACCUUUAUUUGCAAUUACAGAGAUCAUACGUUUCCUGUAGGUCUUGACCAGGUUUGCACACACUGCAGCAUUGAUUUUGGCCCACUCCUCCAUACAGACCUUCUCCAGAUCCUUCAGGUUUCGGGGCUGUCGCUGGGCAAUACAGACUUUCACCUCCCUCCAAAGAUUUUCUAUUGGGUUCAGGUCUGGAGACUGGCUAGGCCACUCCAGGACCUUGAGAUGCUUCUUACGGAGCCACUCCUUAGUUGCCCUGGCUGUGUGUUUCGGUCAUUGUCAUGCUGGAAGACCAAGCCACGACCCAUCUUCAAUGCUCUUACUGAGGGAAGGAGGUUGUUGGCCAAGAUCUCGCGAUACAUGGCCCCAUCCAUCCUCCCCUCAAUAUGGUGCCGUCGUCCUGUCCCCUUUGCAGAAAAGCAUCUCCAAAGAAUGAUGUUUCCACCUCCAUGCUUCACGGUUGGGAUGGUGUUCUUGGGGUUGUACUCAUCCUUCUUCUUCCUCCAAACACGGCGAGUAGAGUUUAGACCAAAAAGCUCUAUUUUUGUCUCAUCAGACCACAUGACCUUCUCCCAUUCCUCCUCUGGAUCAUCCAGAUGGUCAAUGGCAAACUUCAGACGGGCCUGGACAUGCGCUGGCUUGAGCAGGGGGACCUUGCAUGCACUGCAGGAUUUUAAUCCAUGACGGCGUAGUGUGUUACUAAUGGUUUUCUUUGAGACUGUGGUCCCAGCUCUCUUCAGGUCAUUGUCCAGGUCCUGCCUUGUAGUUCUGGGCUGAUCCCUCACCUUCCUCAUGAUCAUUGAUGCCCCACGAGGUGAGAUCUUGCAUGGAGCCCCAGACCGAGGGUGAUUGACCGUCAUCUUGAACUUCUUCCAUUUUCUAAUAAUUGCGCCAACAGUUGUUGCCUUCUCACCAAGCUGCUUGCCUAUUGUCCUGUAGCCCAUCCCAGCCUUGUGCAGGUCUACAAUUUUAUCCCUGAUGUCCUUACACAGCUCUCUGGUCUUGGCCAUUGUGGAGAGGUUGGAGUCUGUUUGAUUGAGUGUGUGGACAGGUGUAUUUUAUACAGGUAACGAGUUCAAACAGGUGCAGUUAAUACAGGUAAUGAGUGGAGAACAGGAGGGCUUCUUAAAGAAAAACUAACAGGUCUGUGAGAGCCGGAAUUCUUACUGGUUGGUAGGUGAUCAAAUACUUAUGUCAUGCAAUAAAAUGCAAAUUAAUUACUUAAAAAUCAUACAAUGUUAUUUUCUGGAUUUUUGUUUUAGAUUCCGUCUCUCACAGUUGAAGUGUACCUAUGAUACAAAUUACAGACCUCUACAUUCUUUGUAAGUAGGAAACACUGCCGAUUUUGCAGGUUAUCAAAUACUUGUUCUCCCCACUGUGUGUGUAUAUAUAUAUAUAUAAUAUAUACACACACACACACACACAGUGGGGGGAAAAAAGUAUUUAGUCAGCCACCAAUUGUGCAAGUUCUCCCACUUAAAAAGAUGAGAGAGGCCUGUAAUUUUCAUCAUAGGUACACGUCAACUAUGACAGACAAAAUGAGAAAAAAAAUCCAGAAAAUCACAUUGUAGGAUUUAUUAUGAAUUUAUUUGCAAAUUAUUGUGGAAAAUAAGUAUUUGGUCAAUAACAAAAGUUUCUCAAUACUUUGUUAUAUACCCUUUGUUGGCAAUGACACAGGUCAAACGUUUUCUGUAAGUCUUCACAAGGUUUUCAGACACUGUUGCUGGUAUUUUGGCCCAUUCCUCCAUGCAGAUCUCCUCUAGAGCAGUGAUGUUUUGGGGCUGUCGCUGGGCAACACGGACUUUCAACUCCCUCCAAAGAUUUUCUAUGGGGUUGAGAUCUGGAGACUGGCUAGGCCACUCCAGGACCUUGAAAUGCUUCUUACGAAGCCACUCCUUCAUUGCCCGGGCGGUGUGUUUGGGAUCAUUGUCAUGCUGAAAGACCCAGCCACGUUUCAUCUUCAAUGCCCUUGCUGAUGGAAGGAGGUUUUCACUCAAUCUCACGAUACAUGGUCCCAUUUCAUUCUUUCCUUUACACGGAUCAGUCGUCCUGGUCCCUUUGCAGAAAAACAGCCCCAAAGCAUGAUGUUUCCACCCCCAUGCUUCACAGUAGGUAUGGUGUUCUUUGGAUGCAACUCAGCAUUCUUUGUCGUCCAAACACGACAAGUUGAGUUUUUACCAAAAAGUUAUAUUUUGGUUUCAUCUGACCAUAUGACAUUCUCCCAAUCCUCUUCUGGAUCAUCCAAAUGCACUCUAGCUAACUUCAGACGGGCCUGGGCAUGUACUGGCUUAAGCAGGGGGACACGUCUGGCACUGCAGGAUUUGAGUCCCUGGCGGCGUAGUGUGUUACUGAUGGUAGGCUUUGUUACUUUGGUCCCAGCUCUCUGCAGGUCAUUCACUAGAUCCCCCCGUGUGGUUCUGGGAUUUUGUGAUCAUUUUGACCCCACGGGGUGAGAUCUUGCGUGGAGCCCCAGAUCGAGGGAGAUUAUCAGUGGUCUUGUAUGUCUUCCAUUUCCUAAUAAUUGCUCCCACAGUUGAUUUCUUCAAACCAAGCUGCUUACCUAUUGCAGAUUCAGUCUUCCCAGCCUGGUGCAGGUCUACAAUUUUGUUUCUAGUGUCCUUUGACAGCUCUUUGGUCUUGGCCAUAGUGGAGUUUGGAGUGUGACUGUUUGAGGUUGUGGACAGGUGUCUUUUAUACUGAUAACAAGUUCAAACAGGUGCCAUUAAUACAGGUAACGAGUGGAGGACAGAGGAGCCUCUUAAAGAAGAAGUUACAGGUCUGUGGGAGCCAGAAAUCUUGCUUGUUUGUAGGUGACCAAAUACUUAUUUUCCACCAUAAUUUGCAAAUAAAUUCAUUACAAAUCCUACAAUGUGAUUUUCUGGAUUUUUUUUCUUAAUUUGUCUGUCAUAGUUGACGUGUACCUAUGAUGAAAAUUACAGGCCUCUCUCAUCUUUUUAAGUGGGAGAACUUGCACAAUUGUUGGCUGACUAAAUACUUUUUUUCCCCACUGUGUGUGUGUAUGUGUAUAUAUAUAUAUAUAUAUACUUCAUACACACACAUCUACGUAUCUCUCUCCCUGUGCUCCAGGACCUGCUGAUGUACCUUCUCCAGCUGGUCCAGGCUCUGAAGUACGAGAACUUCAACGACAUCCAGGGUGGGCUGGAGCCAGGAGGCAAGCGGGACAGCCAGGGCCUGGGAGAGAGCUCCACCCUGGGGGACCUGGACAGGUUAGAGGGGGGGUCAAGGUGGAGGGUUGAAAGUUUGACCGAAUCAGGGAAAACUCUGGGCCUAAUUUAUAGCCUAGGGCCCUGAGUUUGUUCUGGUCAGGUAGUUGGCCAGUGUUGGACAGGAAAAAAUUCCUGGUCCUAGAUAUGUCUGGUGUUGGUUGUCUACUGUGCUAUAUAACUGUGUUGUAACAGUGUAAUGAACUGUCUGCAUGUCUCCAGUUCCCAGAUCUUGACUGCUCCAGCAGUGCCCUCACCUGUCCCGAAUGGAAAGGAAGGGGUGGACAGCGAGAAUCCAGAGGUGAAAGAUGUACAGGAAAGAGAGAGGACAGAAGUUUGACUGAAGAGAGAGGCAUUGGUUGUUAUCUUAGGUAGUAAUGAAUGUUUGUUCUGUGUUUCUACAGCAGGACCUGUGUACCUUCCUCAUCUCCCGUGCUUGUAAGAACUCAACACUGGCCAACUACCUGUACUGGUGAGGAUCAAUUAGUAUGUAUGUGUGUGUGCGUGUGUAUAUAAACGUGUGUGUGUGUGUGUACUAAAUCUGUGUGUGCUCCCUCAGGUAUGUAAUAGUGGAGUGUGAGGACCAGGACACUCAGCAGAGAGACCUGAAGACCCACAAGAUGUACCUCAACGUCAUCGGGAGGUUUAGCCAAGCACUGCUCAAGGUUAGACUUUCAACGCACCUCAUAUCUUACUUCAUCCUUCAGUUAAUUUACACUUUCAGGACUAUGAAUUUGCAUGUGCAGUGAAUGAUACAGCACAGUAAAAACAAGUGUUUUUGUUUGGUAACCAUGAGUAUAACUAAUUUCCCCCUCUCUUUCACUAUCCCACUUUCUUCUCUGUACUCCCUUUCUCUCUGCUCAUCUCCCUCUCUCUCCAGGGUGAUAAGAGUGUGAGGGUGAUGCGGUCUCUCCUGGCGUCCCAGCAGACGUUUGUGGACAGACUGGUACAGCUGAUGAAGGCCGUGCAGAGAGAGAGCGGCAACCGCAAGAAGAAGGUACGAGAGACCUAUAACACGUACACGUACACUCCUCCCUGUGUCCGUCUGUUUCCUUCCGUUUGGUGCCUAAUGAACAUGACCCAGGUCUUUCCUGUGACUGGUGUUUAUGAUUGAUUGGUUGACAGUGGCGCCCCCCUGUGUUUCAGACGGAGCGACUGCAGGCUCUGCUGGCGGACAAUGAGAAGGUGAACCUGUGUGAGAUUGACCCCAUCCCGCUACCUCUGGAACCAUCGGUCAGAAUCAGAGGCAUCGUACCAGACACCGCCACGCUAUUCAAGGUACAGCACCCACCAUCCCUCCAUCUCCCUUCGCUGUCUAUCCUUCCUCUCCUCUACCUCCUCUUCAUCCUCACUUUCUCUUCCGUUUCUUUGGUUUUGUAUGUAGUAGUAGUUUGGACUUUCUUGCUGUUUAUUUGUAACUGUUAUGAUUAUAUGAUAAUGUACCUUUUUAAUAAGUGUUUAUCAUCUCAUUGCUGUAUAUCUGUGCGUGUAUUAUAGAGCGCUCUGAUGCCAGCCAAGCUGAUCUUCAAGGCGGAGGAUGGGGCGAUGUACCCCGUCAUCUUUAAACAUGGAGACGACCUGAGACAAGACCAGCUCAUCCUACAGAUCAUCUCUCUCAUGGACAAAGUCAGAAACGAACAUUAUUGCCAUGUCAUUAUCGUAUAAACAUAAUACUGUAUUGUUAUGGACAUGGUCUGAAACAAGCAAAUUAUUACUGUAUUAUCAUAUUACCUUAUUGCAAACUUACUGUAAGUCGCUUUGGAUAAAAGCGUCUGCUAAAUGACUGAAAUGUAAAUACACAGGCUGUUGUUUAUAUUUCAGCCUCACCUAGAAGGUUAAGAGGCAGUGUAUUGUAAAUUAUGUAAAUUCUCUCUCAGUUGCUCAGGAAAGAGAACCUGGACCUGAAGUUGACACCUUACAAAGUGCUGGCCACAAGCACCAAACAUGGUGAGCACCACUGAUGUAGCUAGUGAUAGAAUACUGGGUCAGGACAUGUGUGAAGUGACCUCUGACCUGUGUGUUCUCCUUCCUCCAGGGUUCAUGCAGUUUGUCCAGUCAGUGCCUGUGGCUGAGGUCCUGGCCACUGAAGGAAACAUCCAGGUAAGAAUUUACUGUAUCUAUGGCUAAGAGACUGUUAGCAUUAUUUGCUAUCUAAGGUAUUUGUGGCCCCGUGUAGCUCAGCUCAGAGCAUGGCGCUUGCAACGCCAGGGUUGUGGGUUCGAUUCCCACGGGGGGCCAGGGGGGCCAGUAUGAAAAUGUAUGCACUCACUAACUGUAAGUCGCUCUGGAUAAGAGCGUCUGCUAAAUGACUAAAAUGUAAAAUGUGUUUGUCUAGCAUCUUUGCUCUGUGCAGACACGUCUGUAGACAAGUCUUGUGACGUCUUCUCUGGUCUAACUUGUUGUAAGUGAUAGUGUUAUUAUUAUUAUUUUUACAUUUACGUCAUUUAGCAGACGCUCUUAUCCAGAGCGACUUACAAAUUGGUGCAUUCACCUUAUAGCCAGUGGGAUAACCACUUUACAAUAUGUUGUUGUUUUUUUCUUUGGGGAGGGGUAAGGGGGGGGUAGAAGGAUUACUUUAUCCUAUCCCAGGUAUUCCUUAAAGAGGUGGGGUUUCAAGUGUCUCCGGAAGGUGGUGAGUGACUCCACUGUCCUGGCGUCGUGAGGGAGCUUGUUCCACCAUUGGGGUGCCAGAGCAGUGAACAGUUUUGACAGGGCUGAGUGGGAACUGUUUCCGCAGAGGUAGGGGAGCCAGCAGGCCAGAGGUGGAUGAACGCAAUGCCCUCGUUUGGGUGUAGGGACUGAUCAGAGCCUGAAGGUACGGAGGUGCCGUUCCCCUCACAGCUCCGUAGGCAAGCACCAUGGUCUUGUAGCAGAUGCGAGCUUCAACUGGAAGCCAGUGGAGUGUGCGGAGGAGCGGGGUGACGUGAGAGAACUUGGGAAGGUUGAACACCAGACGGGCUGCGGCAUUCUGGAUGAGUUGUAGGGGUUUAAUGGCACAGGCAGGGUGCCCAGCCAACAGCGAGUUGCAGUAAUCCAGACGGGACAUGACAAGUGCCUGGAUUAGGACCUGUGCCGCUUCCUGUGUAAUGUUGUAGAGCAUGAACCUACAGAAUCGGGUCACCGCCUUGGUGUUAGCGGAGAACGACAGGGUGUUGUCCAGGGUCACGCCAAGGCUCUUCGAACUCUGGGAGGAGGUCAAGGAUGAGUUGAUGAGCGAGGUGAGGUAAGGGAGAAGGUCACCGGAGAUGGUCUGGAGAAGAGGCUGGGAUAGGGUCAAGCGGGCAGGUUGUUGGGCGGCCGGCCGUCACAAGUCGCAAGAUUUCAUCUGGAGAGAGGGGGGAGAAAGAAGUCAAAGCAUAGGGUAGGGCAGUGUGAGCAGGACCAGCAGUGUCAUUUGACUUAACAAACGAGGAUCGGAUGUCGUCAACCUUCUUUUCAAAAUGGUUGACGAAGUCAUCCACAGAGAGGGAGGAGUGGAGGGGGAGGAUUCAGCAGGGAGGAGAAGGUGGCAAAGAGCUUCCUAGGGUUAGAGGCAGAUGCUUGGAAUUUAGAGUGGUAGAAAGUGGCUUUAGCAGCAGAAACAGAUGAAGAAAAUGUAGAGAGGAGGGAGUGAAAAGAUGCCAGGUCCGGAGCCCUGUUCUGUGAGCGCGCAAUGAGUCGUCAAGCCACGGAGCAGGAGGGGAGGGGAGGACCUAGCCGGCCGGGAGGAUAGCGGACAUAGAGAGUCAAAGGAUGCAGAAAGGGAGGAGAGGAGGGUUGAGGAGGCAGAAUCAGGAGAUUGGAGGGAGAAGGAUUUAGCAGAGGGAAGAGAUGAUAGGAUGGAAGAGGAGAGAGUAGCGGGAGAGAGAGAGCGAAGGUUGCGACGGCACAUUACCAUCUGAGUAGGGGCAGAGUGAGUAGUGUUGGAGGAGAGCGAGAGAGAAAAGGAUACAAAGUAGUGGUCGGAGACAUGGAGGGGAGUUGCAGUGAGAUUAGUAGAAGAACAGCAUCUAGUAAAGAUGAGGUCAAGCGUAUUGCCUGCCUUGUGAGUGGGGGGGGACGGUGAGAGGGUGAGGUCAAAAGAGGAGAGGAGUGGAAAGAAGGAGGCAGAGAGAAAUUAGUUUAAUUUAGUAAAUAUUUUCUUAACUCUUAUUUUUCUUAACUGCAUUGUUGGUUAAGGGCUUGUAAGUAAGCAUUUCAUGGUAAGCUGUACACCUGUUGUAUUCGGCGCAUGUGACAAAUAAAAUUUGAUUUGAUUUGAGUAAGACUCUCCUCUCUUCCUGUGUCUCUCCAGAGUUUCUUCAGAAAACACGCCCCCAGUGAAAAGGGGCCCUAUGGCAUCAGCCCUGAGGUGAUGGACACCUACGUCAAGAGCUGUGGUGAGUCUACUACCACUAACACCCUCCCACCUCACUGUCUCUGACCAAUCCCUGGCCUUGGUGACAUUCAUUUUUGUCUUGUUCCAGCUGGUUACUGUGUCAUCACAUACAUCCUGGGUGUGGGAGACAGACACUUGGACAACCUGCUCCUCACAAAGACUGGUGAGUCUAUAGGAAUUAUGUGUAAUGUACCUCCAACACCCUAUGGUUGGAUUUGUACAAUACAUUGUCUGAUCAUUAGUCCUUUCCUUCAAAUGCUGCUCCACUCUGUUCUGUAUGACUGAAUACACUUUGUGACAACUGCUGUUAUAAAAAGGCUUCAUGAACACAUUUGAUUGAUUUGAAUACCUUUCCAACUUCCGUUUUCAGGAAAGUUGUUCCACAUAGACUUUGGCUACAUCCUGGGUCGUGACCCCAAGCCGCUGCCUCCGCCCAUGAAGUUGAGUAAGGAGAUGGUGGAGGGGAUGGGUGGCAUGCAGAGUGAACAGUACCAGGAGUUCAGGAAACAGUGUUACACUGCCUUCCUACACCUCAGGAGGUAGGACAAACACACACACUGCGUUUACACAGGCAGCUCAAUUCUGAUCUUAACCACUAAUUGGUCUUUUGACCAAUCAGAUCAGAUCUUUUGCCAAUAAUUGGGUAAAAGAUCAGAAUUGGGCUGCCUGUGUAAACGCAGCCAGAGAGACACGGAUGCAGACGUAGAUGCUUGUACGAAGGCACUCACACAGUACACACUCAUUUAUAUCAGCUGUGAUUUACCUUUUUCAUUUCUCUUUCGUUCUCAUCCCUGUCUCUUGUUCUCUUCAGGUACUCUAACCUCAUCCUAAAUCUGUUCUCUCUCAUGGUGGACGCCAACAUUCCCGACAUCGCCCUGGAGCCUGACAAGACUGUUAAGAAGGUGUGUGUGUACUUCACUGUAAAGCGAACGGUUAUGUGCAUUGUAAGAGUCCCAUUACGAAGGAACUCCCCCACUCGUUCGCUGAAUAUUGUCUCCUCCAGGUGCAGGACAAGUUCCGAUUGGACCUGUCGGAUGAGGAGGCGGUGCAUUACAUGCAGAGUCUGAUUGAUGAGAGCGUGGGAGCUCUGUUUGCUGCCGUGGUGGAGCAGAUACACAAGUUUGCCCAGGUGUGUCUCACAACAGGGGUUUGGUGUGUCUCACAACAGGGGGGAUGACUGAUUACUUAGUAUCUCAUGGACAGACUACAUAAACAUAAAUGGUACUGUAGGUCUGUCAUGAUACAACAGGAUGUGUGAGAUAACGAGCAGCAUUAGUUCCGGUGCUUUGUGCAAAUCACAAUUUCGCAGGUGUUAGCAUCUUUAGAAUUUCAUUAGGGGACAUUUGGACCAUAUACUUGCAAAGAGAGAGGGUGGAGUUCUUUGUUCCGGUUCCGAACCUUGUUCAAUCUCUUCUCUUAACAUGUAUGGACCCAAUACUUAAUCGAGCAUCUGACCAAUUAUGCGUGACUUUAGUUCUGGGUUAACUGAUUAACUGUAACAGUGUUUAUUUCUAUAACACUGUAUUUGGCAAUGUAAGGCUGCGUUUAAACAGGCAGCCCAAUUAUUGGCAAAAGAGCUGAUCUGAUUGGUUAAAAGACUGAGUUUUGUUUUUUAUUCAACCUUUAUUUAACUAGGUAAGUCAGUUAAGAACAAAUUCUUAUUUACAAUGACGGCCUCCUGCGGGGACCGGGGCUAGGAUAGAAAAAUAUAGGACAAAACAUGUCAAGAGAGACACCACAACACUACAUAAAGAGAGACCUAAGACAACAACAAAGCAAGGUAGCAACCCAACAUGAAAACAUCAUGGUAGCAACACGACAUGGCAGCAGCACAACAUGGUAGCAGCACAAGACAUGGUACAAACAUGAUUGGGCACAGACAACAGCACAAAGUGCAAGAAGGUAGAGACAACAAUACAUCACGCAAAGCAGCCACAACUGUCAGCAAGAGUGUCCAUGAUUGAGUCUUUGAAUGAAGAGAUGGAGAUAAAACUGUCCAGUUUGAGUGAUUUUUAGCAGCUCGUUCCAGUCGCUAGCUGCAGUGAACUGAAAAGAGGAGCCAGAUGUGUGAGGUUCAUUAACGGUGGUGUCCCAUCUCUCCCCCAGUACUGGCGCAGAUGAGAAGGACAGAACUGUCUGAGACGUGACGGAUGGACAGACAGGAGGGGUUGUAUCCAUAGUAACACCCGGUCCCCCGCCCCUGUGUGUGUGAGAGAUUGAGAUGAUCCAUCCAUGAUGGGCCCCGUGUAGCUCAGUUGG